AAUUGCUACUCUGGGAACUCUGAACAGUUGUUUGAUAUGUGGAAGAACAUCGAGAAAUCACGGAUUAAUGAGUUUAACUACAGCAAGAUAAUAGGUUUGCUAGGUGAAGAGGGUCUGAUAGAAGAGGCAGUACGAUGCUUUCAAGAGAUGAAGAGUCACAAUCUUAGGCCGUCCUUGGAGGUUUACAAUUCAGUUAUUCAUGGUUGUGCCAGACAAGGAAACUUUGAUGAUGCUUUGUUUUUCCUUAACGAGAUGAAAGAAAUGAAUUUGGCACCAGAAACUGAUACCUAUGAUGGACUUAUUGAAGCAUAUGGGAAGUAUAGAAUGUAUGAUGAGAUAGGCAUGUGUGUGAAGAAAAUGAAAUUAAAUGGCUGUUCACCUGACCACAUUACCUAUAAUUUGCUUAUUCGAGAGUUUGCAGGGGGUGGUUUGCUCAAAAGAAUGGAAAGUGUGUAUCAAUCCAUGCUUUCAAGAAGAAUGGCUUUGCAGUCUUCUAGUUUGAUUGCAAUGGUCGAGGUUUAUGCAAAAUUUGGUAUUUUGGAGAAGAUGGAAAAUGUUUAUAGGAGAGUUUUGAACUCCGGAACUGUGGUAAAGAAUGACUUAAUUAGGAAACUAGCUGAGGUUUAUAUUGAUAAUUAUAUGUUUUCCAGAUUAGAGAAAUUGGGAGUUGAUCUUUCUUCAAGAUUUGGUCAGACUGAUCUUGUUUGGUGUCUGCGUCUCCUUUCCCAAGCAGGUGUUCUUAGUCGAAGAGGUAUGGAUUCCAUUGUUGAUGAGAUGAAAGAACAAAAUGUCCCAUGGAAUGAAACGGUUGCAAACAUUAUAAUGCUGGCUUAUUUGAAGAUGAAAGAUUUCACACACUUGAGAAUCUUCCUCUCCCAAUUACUAACCCAGGGUGUGGAGCCUGAUAUUAUCACUGUUGGAAUUGUAUUUGAUGCUAAUAGGAUUGGCUAUGAUGGGUCUAGAACUUUAGAUACAUGGAGGGAGAACGGCUUUCUCCGCAAAGCUGUGGAAAUGAAUACUGAUCCUUUAGUUCUCACUGCAUUUGGGAAGGGGCAUUUCCUUAGAAACUGUGAAGCAGCAUACUCCUCCCUGGAACCUGAAGAUAGAGAAAACAAAACAUGGACGUACCAUCACCUCAUUGAUUUAGUGUUCAAACACACUCAAUGUAGCCUCAGUAUGAAGGACUGAAGAUAAAAUGUAGCUUAUCACAGAAACUUUGUUUUUAUUUUUUCGGUCUGAAAAGAUUAAAAGAAGUAUACUUUGUUCAUGUACCGGUUUACGGAUGCACUUUUGUACAGAACUAUUUGACAGAACCUCUUAUGAAGGUCUUGGAUCAUCUUCAUUUAUCUUUUUCCUGGCUACUCAGAUCAUGUGGAGGAGAAUUUUCUGCCUUUGUAACUACGGAUUUCAUUUUGUCUAGUCUAUUUGGACCACUGAUUUUAAUAGUGCCUUGUGGCAACCAUAGUAGACACAAUGCAGGUCGAGUCUACUAGAGGCUACUAGUGCAGCUGGAAACAUUUAUUUCUGGAACUUCUGUAUUACCCCGGCUACGCACCUUCUGUACGGGUAGCAGACCUACAUCUGUUAAUUUUACAGGAGCUGUAGUAAAACUUCUACUAUGUACUAUAACAAAUUGCAAUAUAUCUUUAAUGCAAUGAAAUUUAGUUUGUAUCAUCUAA